AUGACCCCGACAAGCGCACCCGCUGCGUUGCCGGUGGCGGCGGCGAAGGCGUUAGCAGAGGCGAGAAUGGAUUCUCAGAAGGCGGGAACGAGAGAUCAGACCCACCUUCGCCUCCGGCAUAGAUCAGGAAAGGGAGAAAAUCGGCACCCGGCGGCCUUGCUCAAGGUGCACCGGCCUGCCGUCAAACACAGUAAAGACAGCACCAACCACAGCAAAAAAGGCAAACGGAAUGGAGAAAAAGGAGGGAGCACAGACGUCGCGAUUUUGCACGACGUUGGCCAGAUCGAGCAAGCCCUAAUCAACGCCGGCAAAGCUGUGAGACAAUCACCACCUGCCAUGGGCACACCGGACAGCGUCACAGCACAGCUUCAGCAACCGCAGCAGAUGCCGCGGCGACCAACCUCUAGGGCAUAUAUCAACGACAACGAAGGCCUUGCCGCCGAUCUAUCACGUGACCAUUGCGGCCCAGGCGCUCAAGACAUCGCUCCAAAGAACGACCAAUCGCGCCAGUAUCCAAGCCAAGGGGACAAUGUCACGCUCGAGGCGCUCAUUAUCAACGAUGAAGUGGCCAGGUUUAGAACAGCUUUGCUCUUUCAAGAACAGGUCGCAGCGGCAACCGCAUUAACACCACAACGACAGCAUCAACGGCGGGGUAGCAUCCAUGAUGCUGCCACGAAUUGCUCGGCACAAACAUCGGGGGAGAGGGUCGCCGUCGAUGAUACUACUGAUGCAUGCAGGGCCAUUGGAAAGGAUGGGGCUUCCCUGGUGGAGGCGAGAGCUCUGGCGGUGUUGCGGCAGAGAGACAGGGUCCGCCUCUACGACAGUGUGCCGCUCUGCGGAGCGUGCUACCGAGAGUACAGCGACAACUGGCGGUGGUGGCUGGCCCGGGGAGAACAGGGAACGAAGACGAAGAAAGAGGCGUCCCUCCGGAGCAGCGAAGGUCGCCAGUACCACCGCAAAGACUGGGGCCGGCAACGGGCGCACGCCAUCGGGGACAGCAACGGUAUCAACGGCGAAUGUCCGUUCGAGUGA